AUGAAAGCUAAAUUCUCGUGCUUUUUUUCAGAUCUUUUCUUCUAUUUCUUCUUUAGCUGUGCUCGACUGGUAUCCUGUCUCUUCUCGGUUUUCUUCUCUCUCUUCUUCAAGAUUUUAAAAAGCUAUCUUCAAUUCUUCCGCUGGUCGUGUCCUUAUUAUACAACUCUACGCCUAUUACUUAGUGUCACCGUCUCGCAGACCACCCUUCGCCUCUUCCAAGAGCCGUUCCACCCGAAUCACACCAAGACAUACCGACUACCCGAACAGAUCGACAAGAUGGUCAACCGCUACAUCUUCGCCGUUGCCGGCCUGGCCGCUCAGCUCAACGCUCUGCCCUUGAACAUCAACUUGGGCGCUUAUUCACCUGCCUUGGUGGUGGGUGAUGGUGAAAUUUCAUUUGGCGGUAGAAACGACGUCUCCCAGUUGAUGAAUGUACUGGAGGGCGCCGCAGUUAAUGCUGCUCAAGGUGCUGCGAAUGCUCCGGCCGCCGCCCCUGCCGCUCCCGCGGCACCUGCUACCCCGGCCGCCCCUCAGCAGCCUGCUCAGCAAGCCGCUGCUUCAGUCGGAGGUGCUACGCCGGUGACUGCUUCGUCCGCGGACAACCAGAUCAACGAGGCCCAAGCCAUUGCAGCCCUCCAAGGAAUGGGCAAGGAGAUCGCUCCCCGUGUACAGCUUACCAAAGCCCGUCCCGCCGAGAAGCGCGAUCUCUCCGGUUUCGAUCGCGCUCUGAAGUACGCCGAGGCUGCCCUCACUAAGGGACCCAAGAUCCAGCUUGGCACUGGUCAGGAGGGCUCUGGUGUCGGCAUGAUCGUCGACAACAAUCAGCAAGCAGCAGCUCGUCCUGGAACCGGAGGCGCCGCUGAGGCCGCACCCGCUACCCCCGCUGCACCCCGCCCUGCCGGCGCUAUUGUUGCUCAGCAGAAGGUCAAGGCCCGCUCCGACGAGGCCCAGCAGCCCCCUCGCCGCCGUGCCAAGGUCACCACCAUGUACGUUCGCUCCGGCGUUCCUGCUGGCGUCGAGAUGACCCCUGAGAAGCUCGUUGCCCGCGAUCCUUCCGCCCCCGUUUCCCAAGUCGUCCCAGCCACCAACAACAACGUUGUCAAGCGCGCAGUUGAGGAGCUUAACUCACGAGGCGUCAGCGGCGGCGCCAUUGACACCGUCAACCUGAAUGUCAGCGGUGAGGGCGUCACCAUGACCUUUGUCGAGACUCAGGCCGACGAUGUGGAGGACGAGCAGUAG